UGCAAUAGAUUGGUUUGAAAAUUGCGGCGUGCACUUGGUAAAUUACAUGCCGCUGGAGACACAAAUCCGAUGCAAUGUUACAAAAUGAGGACGCAGCGCAGCUCCAGUGUAGUGUCGCAGUGGAAUCUCUGAAUGCAUCGGGUCAAGCCAUCAAACGUCAAGUAUUUCGCAAGGCAGUCGUAACAUUAGGAAGAAACGAAUUUGAAGAGAUGAUCCUGCGUGUCUACGACGGAAAGAUCCCCCAAAACUUCGUGCUGCGUGAUUUCCAGCUCUUUACUCGGUUUACCAGAGAAGGCAAAUGCACCCUUAAAUUCGUGCCGGAAAACACACAAGUCCUCAUUUCGAACUGUCCGCCUGCGCAUUUAAAUACGUUUCUCAAGAUUUUGAGUAUAAAGCACCAGGCUUCGAAGGCUAACAAACCUCUUGGUGACAGAGCAAAACUGCGCGCCGGUGUUCCGCGCAGCUUUGAGACCAUCAGCCCUUUGCAACAAAAAGAUGUGCAGCGAGCCAACGAUAUGCGCAGUAAAGUCAACACGCCGCUGCACCUGAAGGAGAGAUCUGCCAAUAAAAUGGUUGACGGCCGACAACAGGUUAAAAGGCCAAGAGCCAACUGUGACAGCAGCCCGGUGAAAUCUCUCCAUCCUAGCAAAAAACCAGUGCUGGUCUUGCCAAUGGUCCAAAAGCUCAGCAAAGAACAGACUGCCGUGCUGAAUGCAGUCUUGAGUGGGAAGAAUGUCUUUUUCACAGGAAGUGCAGGUACAGGGAAGUCUUUCCUGUUGAAGAGGAUAGUGGGUUCCCUGCCCCCAAAAGGCACAUUUGCUACUGCCAGUACUGGUGUGGCUGCUUGUCACAUAGGAGGGACAACACUUCAUAGUUUUGCAGGAAUCGGGUCCGGUUCAGCCCCCCUGGAGCAGUGCCUGGAGCUGGCGCAGCGUCCCGGAGUACGGCAGCACUGGACCAUCUGCAAACACCUCAUCAUCGACGAGGUCUCCAUGGUGGAUGGCCAGUUCUUUGACAAGCUUGAAGCCAUAGCCCGGUCUAUCCGAGGAUCCACGGAGCCGUUUGGGGGUAUUCAGCUAAUCGUGUGUGGAGACUUUCUUCAGCUUCCUCCUGUUGCCAAAGGAAAGGAGAAACCUAGCUUUUGUUUCCAGGCCAGGAGCUGGAGAAAGUGCAUCCACAUGAGCAUGGAGCUGACGGAGGUGCGGCGGCAGAAUGACCAGUCAUUCAUUUCCCUGCUGCAGGCCGUGAGGGUGGGCAGAGUCACGGAGGAGGUCACCGCCAAGCUUCUGAAAAGUGCCAAUAAUUGCAUCGAAAGGGAGGGUAUCCUGGCAACAAGGCUGUGCACACACAAGGAUGAUGUCGAGCUCACUAAUGACAAUAAACUCAAGCAGUUACCAGGGCCCUUGCACACGUACGAGGCUGUGGACAGUGAUCCAAUGCUGGUUAAGAUCAUUGAUGCACAGAGUCCUGUGGGACAAGUGGUUCAUCUUAAGGUGGGGACCCAGGUCAUGCUCACCAAGAAUCUGGAUGUCCAAAGGGGACUUGUGAAUGGUGCAAGAGGGGUUGUGGUUGACUUCUUACCUGGAAACCAGGGACUCCCGCGCGUGCGUUUCUUGAGCGGGACCGUGGAGGUGGUGAAGCGUGAGCGCUGGGUGUUCAGGGCUGCAGGGGGGCUGUCCCUCAGCCGACAGCAGCUGCCUUUAAAACUGGCCUGGGCCGUCUCCAUCCAUAAGAGUCAGGGCAUGACCUUGGACUGUGUCGAGAUCUCGCUGGCUCGAGUCUUUGAGAGCGGACAGGCUUACGUUGCUCUGUCUAGGGCCCGGAGCCUUGAGGGGCUCCGUGUGAUGGACUUCAACCCGCACGUGGUGCAGGCCAACCAGGAUGUGCUCCUCUUCUACAAGAGGCUGAGGAUGGACAGGCUUCUCAUGCAGUCCUCCAUGAGCGACUUUGUGGAAAAACGCAACAAGGAGAAUGAAGUUUGGUGAGAUGAUGUCCAUAUCCUCAUCCAGAUGUAGACUGUGUGCAUAAUUUAUUUGUAUUCAUCAUGACUUUGUUUCCCUCCUGAAAACAUGCUCUUGCCAUAGGUUACAUAUCCUUUAGGAUGUGAUUUUAUUUAUAAUUUUGCAUAUGUUAUUUAAUGAAGGAUUUUUCUGUUUUGACUCCAUAUUGUUGGCAUGGUGAAUGUGUGGUUUUAUUACAAUGUUAUUAAGCAUUACCAUUUAUCUGAAGUAUUUCAUAAUUUGCCUUUGGUUGUAUUAAAGUAGCAUUUGUUGCUUUCAGUUUGGAGACCCUCACUUUUUUUUCUAAAAGGGGGAAAAAAAACAGGGUUUGUGUUCAUCUACAGUAAGGUACUAUAUGCAGUAAGAUGUAGGAGCUACUCUUCCCUUUUUUGGUAAUGACUUCCACCAAACUAAAAUGUGGGCCUUUCUGCAAGCUGCCUGCCAUUGAAAACGGAGCAUGCAGUAAGGGCACAUUCCAGUCAGUUCGACAAUGAAACUGCUCCGAAACCAGAGGUCCCUAUGAAACUUGUAU